AUGGUAGCCAGGACGCCACUGAAGAAGACCGCAGACAAAAGCACAGGGGAAAGCAACAAGAGUCAAAUGGGGGGGAUCGACAGGCAGGUCACGUGUCUGACAAAGAUCGGUGUGGGCAGCAGUACCUCAGGAGGUAGAGCUGGAAAGUUGAAGGAUCGACCCCAGCAGAGAAUGCUACUUAACUCCCUUUGCCUGCUGGUGGCGGUUAGAGGGACUGGUGGAGCCUCGCCUCUGACACCUCCUGCCCUCUGGAAAGAGAUACAGAAAUCUCCGCUCCCGCACUACCAGGCUCACCAACAGUUUCGUCCACCAGGCUGUGAGACUGCUGAACUCUCUUCCCUCACAGAUCCCAGCCAGCAGAAUCACCAGGGUGACAGGGUUGAGAACCACGUCAGCAGCAUCUGCAGUACAUGGGGAAAGGGACAUUUUAAGACCUUCGGUGGAGAUGUGUUCCAGUUUCCUGGUAUGUGCGAGUACAACCUGGUGUCAGACUGCCGCGACUCCUUCGAGAAGUUCUCUGUUCACAUCAAACAGGAGGAAAUUGAUGGAAACGUUACAAUAAAAUACAUGGUGGUCACCAUCAAUGAAAAUGCGUUCUUCAUCAACAAGAGCCUGGUCACUGAAAACAGCAAUUUCAUCACUCUGCCACACUAUAACAUGGGGGUAAAGAUGGAAGACAGCACUUUCAACAUCACGCUCAAAUCUAAAGUCAGCCUAGCAGUCACAUGGAACCGUGUAGAUGCCGUCAUGGUAGAACUUUCAAAUGACUAUGCAAACCAGACGUGCGGACUUUGUGGAGACUUCAAUGGCGUCCCUGUUAAUAAUGAGCUCAUUAAAGAUGAACGUAAAAUCAGCUACACUGAGUUUGGCAACAGUCAACAUGUCCACCUUCCUAAUGAUGAUUGUAAAAAACCCCGAGAAGAGGACGAUGACUCUUUGGAGAACAGAUCGUUGCCACAUUCAUGCAAUGAAUUUGUGAUCCAUUGUACAGGAAAGUUCCACUCAGAGUCCCGGAGUUCGUGCACUCAGCUGAUUGAUCCUGAAGCUUACAUCCAGGCGUGUGCGAUGGACAUGUGUAAUUAUAACAACAGCAUCGAUGAUUUCUGUGUCUGCAGCUCCAUGUCGGAGUUUUCCCGACUGUGUUCUCAUGCUGGAGGACAGCCUCCCAACUGGAGGCGCCCUCACUUCUGUGCUAAACAGUGUCCUUACAACAUGGUGUAUAAUGAGAAUGGUUCGCCCUGCAUGGAUACGUGCAGACAUCAGCACACGAGUUCAGAGUGUGAUGACCACCAAAUAGAUGGAUGCUUCUGUCCCUCUGGAACUGUGUUUGAUGAUGUUUCCAAGAGGAGGUGUAUCGAUAGGUCUGAAUGUCAGCGCAAGCACAACAUCUACAACUCUGGAGAUGUCUACCUACAGGAUGGGAAGAACUGGUGUGUAUGUGUGUGUAAGUCACAUGUUGAAGGAAGAUGGGACUGUGAAAUCUUUGAAACAUCGGCCACAUGUGCAGUUGAAGAAGGUUCACAUUUCACAACUUUUGAUGGAAAAACCUUUACCUUCCAUGGAGAUUGUUCCUACACUCUGGCUAAGGACGAAAGCAGUCCAGAUUUUACAAUCGAGGCCGAGCUGGUGCCGUGUGCAGACUAGCAGUUUGACACCUGCUUGAAGACAGUUAAACUCUUACCAGACAACAGCAAAGACAAUUUUUUCACGUUCACACUUAAUGGUGUAGUUGAGCAGAACGCACAGAGCCUCAGGUUGCCACCCAUCUUACUCCAGACAAACUUUGGGUUGCAAAUUCAGAUCCAGUACAUUCCUCGGAUGCAAGUCUACAUCAACUUGGAAAACAGCUACAAAGCAAAGACACGGGGUAUAUGUGGGAACUUCAACAUGGUCCUAAAUGAUGACAUGAGUCCUCAGGAGAUGGUAGGAACUGCAGCAAGUUACAGCAACUCAUGGAAGGCUAGGAUUGCAUGUAAAGACAAGGAGGAAAGAUCUGACAACCCGUGUUCCCUCAGUUCAAAAAAUGAGGAAUACGCCAACCAUUGGUGUGACCUCGUCCAAAACCCUAAGAAGACAUUUGCAAAGUGCCAUUCUGAGGUGGAUCCUCUUGUUUUCUACAAGCGCUGCAUUUAUUCCAGCUGUAACUGUGAGAAGAGCGAGGACUGUUUGUGUGUCGUCUUUAUCUCCUAUGUUCGAGCUUAUGCAGCAAAGGGAGUCACCAUGAAAGACUUUGGAAACGAUAGAAACAGAAAAAUGCAUGCCCAGAGUCUCAGGUAUUCUCUUUUGAGCAAGAAUGCCAGCCGACUUGCAGUUCACUGA